AAAUCGGUGUAUACCGUUGAUCAUGGUGGACGAACAGACAGCUUUGAUCGGGGUUGAUACUCUUGUACCAACAAGGUCCUGGAAGUUGACCGUUUUCGUUGCCUGCUUGAACCUAUUUGCGAUGAACUUCGUCAACUAUGCCCUUAUUCCUAUCAUCCCUGAUUUGUUGGCUCAAAGCCAUGUCAACCUUGACCACUAUCAGGAAUGGACGACUGUUAUUCUCGGGCUCUGGGCUUUUGUGCGAGCAGUCUCUGGUACCCUCGUUAGUAUUGUUGCGAAUGAUAUACAUAGCAUGAGAAAAUCGACUCUCAUCUCCCUGGGGCUUAUGGCAGUCUCUGCACCCCCUAUGUUUCUUUGUUCUGGCGUUGGCCAGCUAGUUCUUGCACGCGUGUUGCAUGGCGCAGCGUCCGCUGCCAUUACGAUAUCGAGUAUGUUUCUCGUCAGCGUCCAGGUUCCGCGCCAGCAUAACGGAGCAGCCAUGGGUUGGAUCGCCCUGGCUAUGACACUAGGCUGUCUUUUUGGAUCAGGCACCGGCGGCCCGCUGUAUCAGUACGCCGGGGGUGUCGGUAUCGUGGUCACCAGCGAAGUGCUGCUCCUUUCCAGCGUUUAUCUAACGAUCUAUGAGAGCAGACAGUAUAAAAGGAGCGCUGCGACCGUGGGAUAUAGUUCGCAGGAAUUAGCUCUAGCCAGUGCAGACCCUGGAGAAACGAGGGAUAAGCCACUGCUUGGCCUCUUAAGCCAUCGCGUCAACAAAUAUUCUAGUGCAUUUCUCUUCCUCAUCCGACAACGCAGGGUUAUUACCAUGCUGUUCUCCAUGACUAUACCCUGUACUUGCAUGGCAUGCCUUGAAGCUGUACUACCGUCUUUUAUGGAGAAAACCUUUGGGUGGAGCCAGACACAGAUGUCUUUUAUCUGGUUCCUGCAAUCCUUCCCCCAGCUUGCGAGUCCACAGGUCGGCAAAUUGGUGGAUCGACAUGGCACAAGACUUAACUUUUGCAUUGGGUUUAUUGCCACCGCAUCUUCGCUGACUUGUAUGGCUCUUGUCCAACAGGACAGCAUUGUGGAGGUGAGCAUUUUUGGUGCAAUGAUCGUUGUAAUGAGCGUGGGGACGUUGCUUGUCGUCGUUCCGUCAAUGGCAAACAUAUCUACAUCUAUGGAUCUUGCCACCGAACAAGGACAGUCAGAGCCUGGCACAGCAGUCGCUCAGUUCAGUGCUUUGUUGAACCUUGCCAUGACGGUACCGGGUAUGUUGGGCCCUGCAUGGGGCAAUGUCGCCAUGAAGAUUGGGGGUUGGCCCAUGCUCUGUCUUUCUCUGGCAUCUCUCAACGCCGUAGGCUGGCUCACCAUCCCACGCCAAGAAACAAGGAACGACUUCGAAAACAAUGAAAUAUUCAACGAAGCGUAG